AUGUUUUAAGAUAUGGAUUCUAGUGAAAUAAACAAUUUGAAUGCACCAAAAACCUCUACAGAACAUAGUAAUACAAAAUCACCUGAUUCUUAAAAAGUAAGUUAUAUUUUACUAUUAAGAAAUUAUCGCAAAUGAAAUAUAAUAAUCAAGAAAAUCCAGUUAUUAUUGAAAAAAAAUACUUAUUACUAAAUGUAAUCUAUUAAGGAAAGGCUUCAACAAUUUUUGAUGGUAAUAAACUACUAUAAUCAUAGCUAUCAAUUUACAAUAGUAAUAAACAUGUGUUGUUCGAAUGACCCUUUUAUCAAAAAGUGAUAAUAGCACUAAAAUACUUUUGUAUUUUAAAACUUAAUUCGAGAAUUAAUAUGAGGAUAAAUAUUAAAGUGGAAAAGUAGUUUAGAACCUUUAAGAUUGUUUAGUAAAAUUGUAUGAUCAUGGAGUUUUCAUGAAUCAAUAUAAUUAUCAAGUUUUAAAUAAAACUGGUCCCAGUUUAAAGUUUUGGUUCAAUUUUUCUAAAGACAGGUUUUCAUAUGAAUGCAUUAUUUUAAUAACUUUAAAAACUGUAUUAUGUUUUUCAUUUUUAGAUCGAUGCUUUGUAUUUAUUACAUUCUAGUAAUUUUAUCCAUGCAAAUUUAAAUAUGUAAAGUCUAUUAACAAGUUUGGAAAAUGAAAAGAUACUUUCAUUAGGAAAUUUAUAAAAUUCUAUAUAGUUCAAACUAAAUUCAAAAGGAGGAUAAAAAUGUUAACAUCUUAAUAAAUAUUCAAGUUUGGCAUAGCAUCUUGGAAUAUGUAAUAAAUUAGAAAAUAAAAUAUUUAGAGCUUCAUCCAAAAGAUGAUUUAGAAAGUUUACUUUAUAUUGUAAUAUAAUUAUUGACAGAUGGAGAAUUUUUUGAUUAAUCAAAAAAAUUUAAGACGAGAGCUGAAAAAUUACAAUAUUAUUUUUCAAUUAAGCAUUCAUUUUUACCAGAGAAAGUUCUUAAAACAUAUCCUCCAUGUUUUACUGAUUUUGCUAAUAAAAUAAAAUAUUUAAACCCAAUGGAAUUACCAAUUAACUAUGAGAGUUUAAAAUCUAUUUUUAAAGGAUACAAAAAUUUGGAAUUUGAUUGGGUAAUAAUUUAAUUAAUAAUCAAGAGUUCUUUAAUAAAUGGAUUAAAAAAAAGUAGCGGUAAUACAAGCAAAUAAAUAUCUAUGUAAAAUUUAGAUAUAAAAGCUGCAUAAAUAUCUCUAGAAACUAUUAAUGAAUCUUUGAAUGAACAAGUUAUUGAUUUACAUCAUAGAUUAGUAAAAAAUCAAAAAAAUAAUGGAGAUUAUUGUAAUCUUAAUCCAGAAACACAAGAAUCUGAUGGGGAAAUUUCAUUUGAAGAAGAAUUCCUCCAUAAAAGCUAGGUUUAUUGCUUUAAAUGA